AUGAAUAGAGCGAAAGUUGGAGACGUUCGUGCAGAUGUGGUUCAAAAUGGAGAGGAAGUCACCAAAAGAAGCGUUGCGUCGUGGUCAAGUGAGUAUUUUGAUCGGAUUAGAAACGAUUUAUUGACUCUUUUUAUAAAAAUCAAAUUUUUUUCAACAGAUAAAGGAAGGCUACAUAAUAACGUCGGUGAAAAUUUUCGUCAAAUAUAUGCCUUUUGAUGAAAAAUUUAUUGAUCAGGUUCUUGAACCAAAAAUCUUCCAUUCUUUUCAAAACCAGUAUGAUCCUAGGGAAAUUUUUAGUGGCCACUAUAGACGCCAAGAACUACUUGGAGAGGACACUAAAGUGGCCACUAAACCCACCUCUAUAGUGGCCACUUCAGAAGUUUUUUAUCCAGUAUUCCUUCCAGUAACUCUGAUAAUUUCAAAACAAAUUGAUUGGACCAGUUCUGUUGAUCCAUUGACCCCUAAACUGGCCACUAAAAAUUUUUGUGGUCUAGUAGUAGCACUGAGACCUCUAUAGUGGUCUCUUAUUGUUAACCCUUUAAGUGGCCACUAAUUUGACUACUAUAGCGGCCAAUAAAACGUCAAAACCCUAUAGUGGGCACUAAAAAUUUUCCCAGUCGUUUAUUAAUUUUUUUCGAAGUGGAAAAAAUAUUCCAUUUUUUCAUUGAAACUAUCCUAAUCCAGAUCUUCAAAGCACUUCUCUCCAUAUAAUGUUGUUUCAGGAUUCAGCUCAUCCCAAAAAUGCAAGUACUAUCUCAUUAUCAGUUCAUUUCUGCCGAUGAUCUUUGUCAUUCUUUUCACCUACGUGUGUCUUUUGGGCGUCGUAUCGACUGCAUUCAGCCUUUUGGCAAGUGGUGGACUCGGUAUGAUUCUCCGUUCCUCAUAAUUGCCCGAAAAACAAUUUUCGAGAAAAAAACCUAUUCACGCAACAGAAAUAGGCCGUUCGCCCUACAGAGCUGUGGGCAAAAGAUUGUUUGCAAAGAGUCUCAAAAAGUUAUUCUGUAGGCUCCAUAGAGAAAAAAAAAACAAAAUUGAUUAUUUUGAGAUUGUUUGAAUUAUUUUAUGGAAGAUGCAUUAAAUAAAAGAACUUGAAUAUUUUUGCUUGAGCUUGACCGAAAAAUCACAUGAUUUGUACUCAUAAAUUCUUUUUUAGCUACUGGAAAGAUCUUUUUUGCAGGAAAAAUUGUUCAAGCGUCAGCUCUGAUAAAAGAUCCGAUAUCAGCCCUCGUAGUAGGAAUGCUAGUGACUGUGGUUCUGCAAAGUGCGACGACGACAACAAACAUCCUCGUAACGAUGGUCGCAGCCAACAGUGAGCCUUUUUUGCACUGGUCCGACUCCAAUUGUUGACAACAGUGAUCACCGUACAUGACGCCAUACCCGUCAUGAUCGGCUCUGAACUGGGAUCUUCGCUCGUCAAUGCCCUCAUCUCUCUGGCUUACGCCGGCCAACCAGAACAGUGAUCCCUACUGAAAUGGAAAAAAAGAAAAAUUUGAACUACAGAUUUUGCCGCGCAUUUUCGGCAGCCGUCUUGGGCGACGUUUUCAACGUUUGCAGUUUGUUUGUGAUUUUCCCGCUGGAGCUGGCGACGAGCUUGAUCGAAACUCUGAGCUGGUGGAUUGUGGACCCACUGAUAUCCGAACAAGGGCUCUCUUUCAAAACUCUUGAGUUGCUGACCGAUCCCGUCACCCGUAUGAUUCUUGAAGUAUGAUCGGUUUUGAUAAUUAAAUUCGAUCAGUCUAUUUGAAAAAAAAUUUUUUCAGUCUUUGCUUGAAUACUAGAACUGAACUAUGAAUCUAAAUGCAGAAAAAAAGCUAUCUGAAAAUCAGGUAAACGAAGCCGAAGUUCUAAACGCCUCUAUCCGACCAGAAUUGUUCCCUCCAAAUCAUACUUUUGUGCUUCGAUGUGCUUUUUCCAAUGGAUCAAGGAUAUAUGCAUGUGAGCUUUAUAAAGUUUUCGUACAGUUUUUUUGAACUUUACAGGUCCAUACAAACACGUUUUCGUAUAUUCCACUCUGUCGGACCAAGCAAUCGGUUGGAUGGUCCUGGCCUUUGCGAUUCCUUGCUUGAUUGCUUGUCUUUUCGCCAUCGUCUUCUUGAUCCAGGUUUGUUAUAUGGAAUUUGGAAAGCAAUUGGACAGCGUUCUACGAAAUCCUAUAAAAAUCAAAAAUAAAUUAAAACUUUCCUUUUCUUAAUUCGCGGUUUCAGAAAAUGCUGGACGGCCAUGCAGCAAAGUACGUGAAAAACUUGCUCUCCAGAGAAUGUCCAGGCAGAUGGAAACCUUGCACGGGAUACGUCGUCAUGGCUGUUGGAUUGAUAGUGACACUCUUAGUAAGUUUUCUUCUACCGACCAAAAUCUACUUGCGCGCUGCAUCAUUCUACUAUAACCUGUUUUAGUGUGAAACUUAAAAUAUCAUUUCUUUCAAAUUUUUAGCUUUUUCCUAAGAAUUAUCGGAAAAAUCUUUGUUUCUGUGACCGAAAAUUCUAGUAGUCGUUAGCUCCAAAAAUCGCUAUUUCGCUGAAAAAUUAGCUUAGGACAGCAGCCUUUUUGGCUUUUAAUAAAACGGAGAAUAGGUAGUUUUGAAAUGCAAGUUUUUUCCGAACACCCCGGAAAAAUGAACUCACUUGUCACAUUAUUGAUAAGCAAGAAAUAUUUUUUUUUUCAUGCAGAUUUAAAAAAAUCAUUUUGUCACCUUAAAAUGAUAAUUUGGAUUCAUUUUAUAUUUUCCUUAUUCAGAUUCAAUCAAACAGCAUCUUCUCAUCUUCACUCACUCCAUUGGUUGGAAGUGGUGUGGUUACACUGGAGCAGAUGUACCCACUGAUACUUGGGUCAAAUAUCGGAACAACCUUCAGCGGAGUUUUGGCCGCGUUCUCAGCUGAUGGCAGUCGCUUUGAAAAGUUUCGGAAACCACUUUCAAAUUUGCAUUUUCCUUUCAGAGCCCUUCAUAUGGCGAUGUGCCAAGUGAUUUAUAACAUCAUCGGCACCUUUCUCUUCUAUAUAAUCCCGCCAAUGCGAAAGUUCCCGAUUUAUCUUUCUCUCAAACUGGGCCAUACGACAAACAGGGUAAUCUGCAAUACAAAAACAAAAACAAACAUUUGUUACAGUACCGUUGGUUCAUCGUCAUUUUUGUGCUGGUCUUCUUUUUGAUAAUACCAUUUACCGUGAUUGGGCUUAGUCUUUUACCUGAAAUUGUGAUGGUUAUCACGGUGUCAUCGAUAUUUUUAUUGACCGUCAGUUGCGUCUCUAUCUCUGUCGCUCAGGUGAGAAGGGCUCUAAAAUUUGCAUCUGAAUAAUUUUGUCAAGUUUCAAAUAAGAACUCUAACCUCGUCAGCCACAAAUCAGAUUCCGAGUUUGAAGCUAAGCUUCCGAAAUUCGAGAAAAAAGCUGCAUUUCUGAAAUGAGCCUUCCUUCAUCAUUAUGACGAUGAAGAAUCAAAUUGUAACUAGCAAUUUUAAAAAAUAGGCACCCAAACUUGACCGUGUUAAACGCAGGAUCAACAGAAAUGUCCUUUUUCAGGAAAAAUGCAAGGAUUGUCUACCAAAGGUCCUGCAAACAUGGGAUUUCAUUCCAAUUUAUCUUCGCUCUCUGGCUCCGUACGAUCAAUGCAUGGUUAACUUUUUUACGGCUCUCCCUUUCGUCGGGAAAUUUUUCCAAAGAAAUGAGAGCUACGACGAAGAUAAUGUGAACAAAAAAGUUGACAAACUGGUGAAGCUCAGUGGACACACUCAAGUAUGA